AAUCCACACAACCAGCGGCCCAGAGACGGCCACUCCCUCCCACCGCUCCUCCGCGCCACGCUUCCUCGCCGCGCGCGCGCCCGCCAUCUCCUCGCCUCGCCGUCGAAGGCCCGCAAUGCGGAACCUCCGCGCCGCCGCGCCUGCCUCCUUCCUCGCGCCGCCCGCGCCCCCUCUCCUCCUCCCCCCGUCGACUCCAACCCCGCGAGGCGCCUUCUCGGCGAAGGCUUCUCCUGCCGCGGCGGCCGCCCAGGCGCAUGGCUGGUGCCCCUCGCCGCGGCGCGUGGGCCGGCUCCGGCGGCGCGCGGGAGCCGCUUCGUCGAGCGGUAACCUUCUGGCGUCGGUGGAGGACGCCAAGAAGGACGUGCUCGUGGCGCUCUCCCAAAUCAUCGAUCCCGACUUCGGGACGGACAUCGUCUCGUGCGGGUUCGUCAAGGACCUGGAGAUUAGCGAGGCCUUGGAAGAGGUCUCGUUUCGUCUGGAGCUGACGACUCCUGCCUGCCCGAUCAAGGACAUGUUUGAAGAGAAGGCAAAUGAGGUUGUUGCAGCACUUCCUUGGGUCAAGAAGGUCAAUGUUACAAUGUCUGCGCAACCUGCACGACCAGCAUACGCAGGGGAGCUUCCAGAAGGAUUGCAGAAGAUUUCGAAUAUCAUAGCAGUUUCAAGCUGCAAGGGAGGAGUUGGAAAGUCUACAGUUGCUGUAAAUCUUGCAUAUACAUUAGCUGGUAUGGGGGCCAGGGUUGGAAUAUUUGAUGCUGAUGUCUUCGGUCCGAGCUUACCAACUAUGGUUUCUCCUGAAAACCGGCUGCUAGUGAUGAACCCAGAAAGCAGAAGUAUUCUUCCAACCGAGUAUUUGGGCGUCAAGAUGGUGUCUUUUGGCUUUGCUGGACAAGGAAGAGCUAUAAUGCGUGGUCCAAUGGUUUCGGGAGUGAUUAAUCAGUUGCUGACCACUACUGAUUGGGGCGAACUCGACUACCUUGUCAUUGACAUGCCUCCAGGAACAGGAGAUAUACACUUAACACUCUGUCAGGUAGCCCCAUUGACUGCAGCUGUCAUUGUUACCACCCCUCAGAAGCUUGCUUUCAUCGAUGUUGCAAAGGGAGUUAGAAUGUUUUCCAAGCUGAAGGUUCCGUGCGUUGCAGUUGUUGAGAACAUGUGCUACUUCGAUGCUGAUGGAAAACGAUUUUACCCAUUUGGGCAAGGUUCUGGAGCUCAGGUUGUGCAGCAGUUUGGAAUACCUCACCUCUUCGAUUUGCCGAUACGGCCAACUCUUUCAGCGUCUGGAGAUACUGGAAUUCCUGAAGUAGUGGCUGAUCCACAAGGGGAUGUUGCUAAGACGUUUCAGAAUCUUGGAGUUUGUGUUGUUCAGCAGUGUGCUAAAAUCAGACAACAGGUUUCAACAGCAGUUUCCUAUGAUAGAUCAAUUAGAGCAAUCCGAGUGAAAGUACCAGAUUCAGAUGAAGAGUUCUUGUUGCAUCCAGCAACAGUCAGAAGGAAUGACCGAUCUGCUCAAAGUGUGGACGAAUGGACAGGUGAGCAGAAAGUACAAUAUGGUGAUAUACCAGAAGACAUUGAACCUGAAGAGAUCCGUCCUAUGGGAAACUACGCAGUUUCUAUAACUUGGCCUGAUGGUUUUUCUCAGAUAGCACCUUAUGAUCAAUUGGAAAUGCUUGAGAGGCUUGUGGAUGUUCCUCGUGCAACAACAGCAGCAGUCUCUUCAUGAUAGAGUAGAGAUAAUGUUCAGUCAGAAGGGGCAAGAAAACAAACUUUUGAUACAAUCGACUUUCAGAGUUUCUAGGAUUACAGGGAAAAGAAGUGUGAUUACUGUAACAGUGUACAAUGAGCAAUAUUUAUUGGAAUAGAAGGCAUUGUUUUUUCUUACUUUUGGUCCAUUUGAAAUGCUCUGAAGUCUGAAAAGGGGGAUUCAAGAUGUGUUUCCACCAUCCAUAUUCCACAUAUCGACCAAAAGGACAUGUAAGAGUCUUCUGAGUUACAAUUUGCUAAUGAACUUUAUUGAAUUAUCUCUAUUAGUAA